UUAUGCCCAAGAGUUAUCACACAAAAAGCGCAUUUAUUUACAUGCAUCUACGUAUAUUUCAAUCGCGAUAAUCCUGCGCCUUGCCAGGUAAGUACACGCUGACCCGCGUGAGACGGCCGGGCACCGCAGUAGUUUUGGCCGGCCCGAGACCAGCGCUCGCGCACGCGGGCGUCUUUCGCGAAUUCAUUUUUUGAACCAAAAAAUCGCUUUCACAAAAUUCGCCCGCGCUUUUUGAUACUUUGCCAGUGUUUUGCUGUGAAUUACCACCUUAUGUUUUAUUCAGAAACUUUACUCAUCAAUCAACGGUCGUGAUGUGGUGAUUGUGAACAGUGUAAAAAACUUUAUUGCUAAAUUAACUCGUUGCAAAUGGAGCGAAACGUUUCCAAGGAAUGCUAGCGAGUACAUGUCGCAAAUCAACAUAUUCUAGUCAGUGAUGUGAUUGGAAUAAUAAUAUAUUCAAAAUGAUAUUACAAUUGAUAAUCGGUGUCGCCACGUGCUUGUACUUAAUAUGGAAAUACCUGCUGUCCAACAAACGGGAGCAACUAACUAUAACACAGCAAAGUGAAGCAAAAGAUAUUAAAACUCAAGCAAAACCUAAAGAUCUCAUCAAUCAUGACAAUGUUGAAAAGAAAGAAUCUUUUAUAGAUUAUUCUCAGAAAGAGGAACACAAAAAUACGUCUCAAAUCAUAGCAGAAGAGCCAUCUAAAGAUAAUAGUAUUGAAAAGAAGAAAUUGAUACCUCCAUUUGAUGAUUCCACUUUCAAUUCUGUGAAACACGAGCCACUGAUCGUAUCGAGCAAGCCAAUUCUCCCAGAAAUACAAUGGGGUCUUCAAGGGGAAUUCAAAACAAAUGGGGUCAAAGAUUUUAGUGCAUCAAAAAAGUUAAUUGAUGAUAUUUUUACCAGUUACGAUAAUAAAACACCAAAAGAGCCUCUUGUAGAAAAUGAAGGAAUAACCUCCGUUUUUUCCAAUACUUUUAAUGCAGAUAUUCAAGGUGUACCAAAAAUCACACCAAUCGAACUUAACGAUGUGAUAACUCCAAGUCAAUUGCUACAAAGGCAAAAAGAGAAAAUUAUUGAAAAACCAAUACCUAAAAGGGAAAGCCCUCCCAAGGAAAGAUUAACAGAAUUCCUUGAAAAAACUGUUUUGUGCGAUGAUAAAAUUCAAUCUAUUAUUCAUAACCUAUCAUUAGAUAAAACUGAUGAGCCAAAGGCUGAAUUCGAUGUGUUAAAAGAAUCUUUAAUUCAUAAUAAGGUAAAACCAGUGAAAAGUGAAAAGGCUCUAAGAUUUCAGGAGUCUAUCGAUGAAAUAGCUGAUAAGUUUAAGCAAUUGAGCAAAGAUGUUAAGGUAAAUGAAGUGAGUCAGGCAGAAACGAAACAAGAAGAAGUGGUUGAAGAAAAACCUUUGUUGAAGCGUCUUCAGAAGCAGCCAGGGUUCCCAUCUGGACUCAACUUUGGGUCGGUCAUCGGAGAACUGAAGAAUAAAACAAAAAAUGGGGGACUGAAGCCUGUUUUCAAGAAAUUCGACCCGGAUUCUGACUACAAUGCACAGGAAUCUCUAAACGCUGCUGUGGACGAAAAGAAGAAGGUUCAAAUAGAGGACAACGAGUUGGGAGAGAAUAUCCUAGCUGACAGGCGGAACAAGCUCGAAACAGCGGCCCAGGGAUGGCGCAAACGCGUCCCACAGAGCGAUGCGUCCCUGUUCACCGUAGCGGGACGGCUGGAACGGGACAAGGUGGCCACUGCCACGCCGCCGCUGACGCCGCCGCCGGUCGCCACGCCGCCCGCCGCCGUCGCCUCGCCUGGAGUACCAGCCCCGAACACCUUCAGAUCUCGCAAACAACCAUCGUCGCCCCCUAACGGCUUCCCCUCCGGCCCGCUUCGGUCAGCAUCAUGCGCUGUGGUCAGCGCAGCCGCCGUCGAGAAGCCGAAGGAACCGGCGCGGCCCGACCGCGAGUCGUUCAAGCGCAGCCACUCCGUCAGCGAGAGCAUCAGCUCGAGGCUGGAAGAGAAAGACGAAGGCUCCCCCGGCGCGGAAAAGACCGGGUGCGCAGUUCGGGUACCGAGGGCUGAUGAUGAGACCUUCCACGCGUUCUUCGCGCCUCUACAGCAGCAGGAGAGGACCCACGACCUGGGAGGAGACGUGGACCUCGACGCCAUUGAUAGCGGGUCUAGGCAAUUACUGGCGAGCGACUGGGCGCGUCGUGCCAAGCGCGAGAGGCGUCACGCUGCCUCGCGGAACCCUCUCAAAGCAUUGGCUGCCCGUACUGACCUCCGGGAGGAGUACGUGGCUCCACCUUCCACUAUUCGCGAACAACUCUUCAAGGAGAAGGUGACGGCGAACUGCGGUCUAGCGGCCGAAGCCCUAGCGGCGCUGGCCACCAAAGAAGACUUCUCGAACGUGGCGCUCCGCUCGGCCUCCGCCGCCUGCGUGCCCGCGCACGGGGCCAAGCCCACGAUGCUCCUGCAGGUCAAGGGCAGGAGGCGCGUUCAGACUAGGCUCGUGGAGCCAGUGCACACGAACGUGAACCGCGGCGAUUGCUUCGUGCUCACCACGCCCGACCAGGUGUACCUCUAUAUUGGACUCUACGCCAACGUCAUAGAGAGGAACCGCAGCACCGACAUCGCUCUCCACAUCCACAACACCAAAGACCUGGGCUGCAAGUCCACCGGCGUCGUCAAGAUCGACGAGCAGACCAAGAACUACUCCAACAAACACUGGAACCAGUUCUGGUCGCUCCUCGGCAUCACAGAGGCCGUUGAAGACUACAAACCCGUCGAAACUGGUCACGCCGAUGAAGACGAGAUAUACGAGUCCUGUAUCGUCCAAACCAACAUGUGCUAUGAGGUCAUGGAUGAUGAAUUGGUUCCCAUAGAGGAAUACUGGGGACAGAUGCCCAAAAUCGCCAUGCUCCACCAAACUAAGAUCAUCGUCUUCGAUUUCGGAUCAGAAAUGUACAUCUGGUACGGAAAGAAUGUGCCAUUGGAAAGCCGAAGACGAGCAGCUCAAUUGGCUCAAGAAUUAUUUGAUGAAGGGUACAACUAUGAGGAGUGCCACAUCAACCCGCUUAACGCAGCCAUGUACCAAGGCGCGAGGGAUUUGGAAACCAACGGAGUCAUCAAAACCUCCAAAAGCCGACCCGAAUGGGCCAUCCUAUCCAAGAUCACACAGCACAUGGAAACCAUUCUGUUCAAAGAGAAAUUCCUCGACUGGCCUGAUUACUCCCGAGUCAUCAAAAUCAAAGCGCCCGAGAACAAAUCUAGCAGUACUGAAAUCACGCCCUGUGACGCCGAAGAAAUGUGGUCGAAUGAGUACCAGGACCCAGAUCUCAUUUUAGAAGGGUCUCACAUCGGCCGCGGCACCAAUUACUACGAUAAAGAAAAUAUGAGGCACUACGACAUCAAAACCAAGUCGGUUUGCAAGUGGGUGAUUCAGGAGUACGAUUUCCAGAAGGUUGAAAACGACGCUGAAAUUGGCGAGUUCUUCUCGGGUGAUAGUUAUAUCAUCAGAUGGGAGUACCAGAUCACUGUUACGGGCAGAGAAUUGAAUGGGAAGCCUUCAAAGCACAACGUCACUGGUCGCGAUCGGUGCGCAUAUUUCUGCUGGCAGGGCAAAGAUGCCUCUUCAAACGAAAAAGGCGCUGCGGCCUUGUUGACCGUCGAAUUAGACCGAGAAAAAGGUCCUCAAGUGAGAGUAGCGCAAGGCAACGAGCCCCCAGCGUUCCUGAAUCUCUUCCAAGGCAAUCUGAUCAUCCACCAAGGGAAAAGGGACACCGAUAAGAGCCGGUAUCGCUUAUUCGUCACUCGCGGCAACUUAUCCAACGAAGCGUACCUCCUCCAAGUGCCGUGUUCAGUGAGACAGCUACGGAGUCGCGGAUCGCUGUUGUUAGUCGACACCGAGAAAGGUUGCUUAUACAUCUGGCACGGGGCUCGCAGUUUGAAGCACACCAAAAACAUUGCCAUAGAGUUAGCGAAUAAGUUGAUCGCGCGGAAGUCCGGGUACCUCUUCGGUUUGAACGCUUCGGAUGUGAAGAUAACUGAGGUCAAAGAGGGGGAGGAGCCUAAGGAGGUGUUGGAGGCGUUGGGCGUGGCCAACAAGCAGUACUAUAAUUCUGUUUUGGGAGGGGGUAGAGACGUGGGGGGUGAUACUACGGCGCGGCUGUUCCAUUUCACGGACCUGAGCGGGCAGUUCGAAGCGAAUGAGAUGCUGUCGCCGCUGCGGCACGAGCACCUGGUGACACCCUUCCCUUUUGAACAAAAGGAGUUGUAUUCGGCUUCGCAACCAGCCCUGUUCCUGCUGGACGACGGCAGCAACGUGUGGCUGUGGCAGGGCUGGUGGCCGCGCGGCGAGGACGGCGAGCUCGAACCCGCGGAGAGGAAUGCCGGAGUGGGAGCAUUCGCGGGCCGCUGGCAAGGGAUGCGUGCCGCCGCGCUCCGAACGUGCGAGGCCUACUGGCGCGUGGGCCGGCCGGACGCGGGCCCGGACGCGCGCCCGGACGUCCGGGUCGUGGCCGCCGGACUCGAGCCGCAGUCCUUCACCAACCUGUUUGAUACCUGGCGCGAGCAUGAUGAAGCUGCGGACGCUAAUAUUGCGCACGGGUACAAAGCCGGCGCCGUGCUGUCCGGCGCCUGCGAGCUGUCGCGGCUCAGUGCCAGCGGCGCCCUGCUGCCGCUAGCGGCGCUGCAGCGGCGCCCGCUGCCCGACCACGUCGACGCCAUGCACCUGGAGCGACACCUCGCGCCGCACGACUUCCAGGAGGCUUUCGGCAUGACCAAAGAGGAGUUCUCGGCGCUGCCGGCGUGGAAGCAGACGAGCCUGAAGAAGGACGUGGGCCUGUUCUGACGCCGCGUGGGCCUAGCCUUUUGUACACGACUAUUUAUACUUUUCUACCCGUA